GAGGGGGAGGGGAAGGCCCCGGCGACCGCCCCCCGCCUCACAGCUGGGACCGGACUCUCCCGCCACAGAUGUCGCACCGCCGCCGCCUAAACCCGGCGGUACUCAUCCCAGAGCCUUGAGGGGUCCAAAGUCGUGGACUCCGGAGUAGGGAGUCUGCACCGCACCCUGAGAGACCCCAAAGCGCAGGCUAAAGAAACCCAAAUAUCCAGGUGCCCAGCGCCCUCUCCUGGAGGAGCCGGGAGUCCGGGACAUCACUCCGCGCGAUCCUGGAGGCCUAGCUUCCUGCACCCCGGUUUAAAGAAGUUAGGAUCCCAGACCGGUGAUUACCCCCAAGGGUUCCCAGAUAUUCGAGCCCAGAUAUCCGAACUUGGCAUACGGACUCCUGGCGCCCCAGCCAGUUUGUUUGGGGCUGAAACGCCCACUUCAAGGGGACCCAGGAAUUUGGGACUCCCCUGCACUCCCGCCUGGAGAUGGUUUAAUAUCUGCUCCAAGAGUUAGGGGAACUCAGGAAUCCGGUCGCCCCACGGCCCUAUCUAGAAGACUCAGGAAUUUGGGUCUCCAGCGCCCCAUCUGAGACCCAAGUGUCGGGACUUCCAGCAUCCCUCAUUUAGAGGACCAAGAAAUUCGGACUGCUACAUCCCUUUUUCCGAGAGACCCCGGAUUGUGGUUCACGGAGCCUGAGAACCCGAAGUUCAAGCCCCUGACUUGCAGAGACCUAGGAGUCCGGCCUUGCGCCUCCCCGAGGACCGUACUAGGGUCGAAUAAGAAUCGAGCAACCUCGGUUCUGGGCUGGAGACUCCCUGGGAGCAGCCGCUGAGCCACUCAGCCAUGCCGGAGGGAGCCCGUGGACCAAGCCUGUCCAAACCCAGCCCUAGCCUUGGCCGUGGCCCCACAGGUGAAGUGUGUGACUGCACAGCUGUGUGUGAGAGCCAGACAGCGGGCCCUGCAACCCCUGCCAUGGCCUCCCCCCGAGGUUCUGGGAGCUCCACAUCCCUGAGCACGGUGGGCUCUGAGGGGGACCCGGCUCCAGGGCCCACCCCAGUCUGCUCAGUGUCCAGGCCAGAGCCCCUUCCAGGGCCCCCCAUCCGCCUGCAUCUGUCACCCGUGGGAACCCCGGGUUCAGCCAAACCCUCGAGGCUGGAGCGAGUGGUGCGAGAGAUCGUGGAGACAGAGCGGGCCUACGUCCGGGACCUUCGUAGCAUCGUGGAGGACUACCUGGCCCCUCUGCUGGAUGGUGGGGUCCUAGGGCUGAGCGCGGAGCAGGUGGGCAUGCUAUUUGCCAACAUCGAGGACAUCUACGAGUUCAGCAGUGAGCUCCUGGAGGACCUGGAGGGCAGCAGCAGCGCGGGGGGCAUUGCUGAGUGCUUUGUGCAGAGGAGUGAGGAUUUUGACAUCUACACGUUGUACUGCAUGAACUACCCGAGCUCCCUAGCCCUGCUCCGGGAGCUGUCGCUGUCCCCACCCGCAGCCCUGUGGUUGCAGGAGCGCCAGGCCCAGCUCCGCCACUCACUGCCUCUGCAGAGCUUCCUGCUGAAACCUGUUCAGCGGAUCCUCAAGUACCAUCUGUUGCUGCAGGAGCUAGGCAAGCACUGGGCGGAGGGCCCAGGCGCCGGGGGCCGUGAGAUGGUGGAAGAGGCCAUCGUGUCCAUGACCGCGGUCGCCUGGUACAUCAAUGACAUGAAACGGAAGCAGGAGCAUGCGGCGCGCCUCCAGGAAGUGCAACGGCGGCUGGGCGGCUGGACUGGCCCGGAGCUCAGCGCUUUCGGGGAGCUGGUGCUGGAGGGCGCAUUCCGAGGUGGCGGAGGGGGUGGCCCCCGACUUCGAGGGGGCGAGCGGUUGCUUUUUCUAUUCUCACGGAUGCUGCUCGUGGCCAAGCGCCGGGGCCCGGAGUACACCUACAAGGGCCAUAUCUUCUGCUGCAACCUGAGUGUGAGCGAGAGUCCUCGAGACCCUCUAGGGUUCAAGGUGUCCGAUCUGACCAUUCCCAAACACAGGCACCUUCUCCAGGCCAAGAACCAAGAAGAGAAGAGGCUGUGGAUUCACUGUCUCCAGCGUCUCUUCUUUGAGAACCACCCUGCCUCCAUCCCUGCCAAGGCCAAACAAGUUCUCCUUGAAAACAGCCUGCACUGUGCUCCUAAAAGUAAGCCUAUCCCAGAGCCCCUGACACCCCCACUUGGGUCUCCCCGACCUCGAGAUGCUAGAAGUUUCACCCCUGGACGAAGGAACACAGCUCCAUCUCCAGGACCCUCCGCUACCCGCCGUGGCCGCAGACAGUCUGAGCCAGUAAAGGAGCCGUACGUUAUGUUUCCACCAAACGCUAAGCCUAGACUCAAGCAUGCUGGCAGUGAGGGGGAGCUCUACCCCCCCUUAGAGCCUCAGCCACCAGUUCCAACUUCCGGACCCCCUGAGGACCUGGAGGACACUGGACCCCCCACGCUGGAGCCCUCUGGGACCUCCAUCACUGAAGAGAUUCUGGAACUAUUGAACCAAAGAGGCCUCCGGGAUCCAGGGUGCCCACUGCCGCCAUCCCCCCACGACAUUCCCAAGUUUCCUGGAGAUUCCCAGGUGCCAGGCGACAGUGAAACCCUCACAUUCCAAGCCCUGCCCGGCCGGGACUCUUCAGAAGAGGAGGAGGAGGAGGAGCUAGAGAUGGACGAACGGGGGCCUUCCCCGCUCCACGUCCUGGAAGGGCUUGAAAGUUCCAGCGUGGCUGAAACUCCCGACGUUUCCGGCCUUAGCAAAAGCCCAGACGCACCCGGCCUCCCUGAAAUUCCCGGCCUGUCUGAAAUUCCCAAGAUUCCCCACCUUCCCAGCCUCUCUGACAUUUCCAGUGUUUUUGAAAUGCCCCACCUUCCAGCCAUACCUAAGGUCCCGGACAUUCCUAGUCUCGCCAGCGCUCCCGCCCUUCCCUGUGACUCAUGGCUCCAGGGACCUCUGCAAGGGCCCGAUGAGGCUGUAGCCACCAGGAGAGAACUGUUCCCCGGAGGCAACUCAGCAAAACUGGGGGAACCCUCCUCAGGUGGCAGGGCAGGGCAGGAGGAGCCCGAAGAAGGGGAACCGUUCCCAGACUUCCAGCCCCAGGAUGUCCCCCGAGAUCAGGGAUUCCCAGAUGAGCUGGAAUUCCGCUCUUGUUCAGAAAUCCGCAGCGCCUGGCGGGCCCUGGAGCAGGGGCAGCUGGCCCGGCCAGGUUUCCCGGAGCCACUGCUAAUCCUGGAAGAUUCGGAUCUGGGCGGAGGCAGCGGGAGCGGGAAGACAGGAGCCCCGAGUUCGGAGAGGGCAGCUUCCCGGGUGCGAGAGUUAGCCCGGCUCUACAGCGAGCGGAUCCAGCAGAUGCAGCGGGCCGAGACCCGGGCAUCGGCCAACGCCCCCCGCCGCCGGCCUCGUGCUCUGGCCCAGCCCCAGUUGUCCCCCUGCCUGCCCCAAGAGCAUGCUGAGCCAGGGCCUCUGCCUGCCUUUGGACACGUGAUGGUGUGUGAGCUGGCCUUCCCGCUGACCUGUGCCCAGGAGUCUGUCCCUCUGGGUCCUGCCACUCGGGUUCAAGCUGCUACACCUUUGUCUAAGCAGGGAGGCUGCCUGGUUGGCCGGGGUCUCUGUGUUUCCAGUUUGCCUGAGCAAGACCAUCUUGGCAUCCAGGUACCAGCUGCUAGCCGUCUGCCUGAGCAAGGAGGCCCCCAGAACACACACAGCACGGCUGCAGCCACCACAGCCUUGCCCCCGCAGGAAGACCCCCCAGAUGUGCAGGUCCCAGCUACAGCUCUGCCUGACCCAGGAGGCCACCUGGAAGUCCAGCGUCCAGCUACCACUCCUCUGCCUCAGCAUAGAGGCCAUAUGGACACCCAAGUUCCAACCAGCCUGGCCCUGCCUGGGCAAAGAUGCUGUUCUGAUGUCACAGUUUUAGCCACUGCCACUGUGCCCAAGCAAGAAGGUCCUCUAUGUAGCCAGAGCCCGAGCAAUACCCCGUUAACCAGACAAGGAGGUCCCAGGGAUGUUCCAUUUCCGGCUGGUGCUGGCAACCAAGCUGUCAACGCUUCGCUUAUGCAUGGAAGCAGCCUGGACCGUCCGAUCCCAGGCAACGCUGCACUGCCCUCUCAACAUGACCUCCCAGACAUUCCGGUUCUGGGUGCUUCACCUCUAGCUGCCUGGGAAGGCCCCCUGAGCCAUGAGAUCCCAGCCAGCGCUGCGCCGUCUUUGCCCCGAGACCCCUCAGACAUUCAGCUUCUGGGCACCUCAUCCUUGCCUGCACACGAACGCUGCCUAGACCAUCAGCUCCCAGCCAGCACCGCACUGUCUUUGACCCAGAACUUGAAUGUUCCUGCUGCUGCACCUCUGCCCCAGCGACCAGGCCUCCCGGACACCCAAGUCCAGGCCCUCCCACCUCUGCCCAAGCAGGGAGGCCUCCCAGACACCCAGGGUCCAUCUGCUGCACCUUUGCUUCAGGAACAAAGCUUCACAGACCUUCAGAUCCAAAAACGUUCACCAUUGUUGGAGCAGAGGAGCCUCCCCGACGUCCGUGGUCCGGCCCCGACACUCCUGCCUGAGCAGAGAGGCUCUCAGGACUCUCAGGGCCUGUUUUCCACCCCGCCUCAGACCACCAUGGUUCUGUCCAAACCAGGACACUACUUGGCCUCUCCUGUCACCAGGUCAGAGUCUUCAGAAUUGACCCCGCCCCAUAGCCCCCCUCCUCCGACCCGGCAGCUCCUGGGCCCCAACGCAGCUGCCCUCUCAAGGUACCUGGCAGCCUCAUACAUCAGCCAGAGCCUGGCUCGGCGGCAAGGGUCUGGGGGAGAAGCCCUCUCGGCCUCCUGGGGUCCCUGGUCCUCCUCUGCCCCCGCAUCGCGGGCCCCUUCACCCCCACCCCAGCCCCAGCCCCCGCCACCCCCAGCCCGGAGGCUCAGCUAUGCCACCACAGUCAACAUCCAGGUUGGGGGCGGCGGGCGGCUCCGGCCAGCCAAGGCCCAGGUCAGGUUGAACCACCCUGCUCUCUUGGCCCCUGCCCAGGAAUCUGUGGGCGUUCGCAGGGCCCAGGGAGCUCCUGAUGCCCCUUUCCACAUGUGAGCCCAGAUAUCGGGCUUCUUGAAAAGCAAGGACUUCAGCCGGAUGCCACAGACCCUCAGAACUUCAUCCAGAAGUCCAGACACUGAGCACAGGUCUAGAAAUUGCUGCAGCUUUCCAACUCCUGGGAGCUGCUUUGGCGAAUGGUCCUUUUUACUUACCUUGACUAACUCAGCAGGGAUGGGGAAGGGGAUGUCAUUAAUAUUUUGUUAAUAUUAUGAAGUUAUGUAUAUUUUCCCAUUCUGGAGGCAGUGGGCGGAUGGCCAGACAAUGAAUGCGAAGGUCUGACAC